AUGCUACAACAACCUGUGGCCAAGGAGUUGCGCUCCUUCCAGAGCCUCUCCAAGUACACGGGGCUUCCUUCUAAAAGGUAUCCACCAGUUUAUCAUCUUCUUCUUGAGACGGAGUUCCUAGGCUUUGCCUAUGGGAUCCACUUUGGCUACAAUAUAUUAUAGUAUGGUCCUCACCGCUAUUUUAAACCAUUUUUACUAACAAAUAACUUUAAAAGAAUACUGAUUUUUCCUUAAAUUAACAAGUUUAGAAUUCUUUAAGCAUCACUCCUUCAACCCUCUAACUCACCUUAUUUAGGUCGGUUAUGCGAAGGCAUUCGACUGUCCAGAAUCGACGGUACUCGAAUCAACGCCGCCGCCGGCACGACUCCCAAAAUGAUGAAGUGAGUUCGGCGGAGAGGAGAUGGCCAUUUACUAUGCAAAGCUGUUGGCUAAUGGGACGGCUUAAAAUCCUCGAGUAAACUCGACGACUUUAAGCGGCGCGGUUGUCGAAUGUUUUCCGCGUUGAAAACAGUCGAAACAAACCCUUGGGGAUUAGGAUUAUAGGCGUUUUGUAAACUCAAACGGGUUCCAUGUUUCUGUACUACACUUUUGAUGGCUCUGUUCGUUCAAAUUACUAUCGAUAUCUCGACGGUUUCGGCUUGAAUGAUAAGCCAUGCUUUAAGGAUUAAGCCACUAACCUUUACGGUCAACACGUAAUGUUAUUUUUUUAUUACAAAAAAUAUUGUUAUUUUAGAGCCAGCUGUUUUUUGGAAGCUCGGAAGAACAUGCAAACCGGACAGUUUUUAAAUUCGUAAUCCGAAUUUUGGCUUUCUUUUGCACUGAAAUUUAUAGAUAGCUACAAUUUUUAAUUUGAUUUUUCUUUAAUUGGGACUAUUUUGCCGCUGUCCCAACUUUAAUCUUGAUGACUUUGAGAAUAAUUUUAUUGAUCAUCUUUUACAGUACCAGACCUUCGAAUCGAUAAGCCAACCGCCGUCGGAGGAGAAUGAAGGAGAUGGAGGUCGACGUUUCUCUUCGAAGAAAGUCGCGAUGCUAGCUGAGCCCGAGCCAAUCAUCGAAGAGACCCGAGUGCCGCAGGUCGAUUGGAAUGAGGACAAAGAUUUCAUCGAAAGUGGUGACUUAGACCUUCCGUAUCCCGGGUAAUCUUUUCUUUACUUUUUGCCAAUUUAAGGUCCUUUCUUCAUAUUUUUCAACCUUCUUUAUACGACUAAUCUGACGCCGAUAUCAUCCUUUCCGUUUUCAGUUUCGUAGAGCCCUCCCUUUACUGCCUCAAGCAAGCCCAACCGCCCCGAUCAUGGACGUUGAAGAUGGUGAUGAACCCUUGGUUCGAUCGCCUCACCAUGAUCGUCAUCAUGCUCAAUUGUAUCACUCUGGGUAUGUAUCGGCCCUGUGAGGAUGGCCCCGAUUGUAAUACAUAUCGAUGCUUUGUGUUGGGCCUCGUCGACCACAUGAUUUUCCUUUACUUUGCAGCUGAAAUGGCAAGUUUUCUUCUCGCUGUGAAUUUUGGGCUUUGAAAAUAUCUUUUAUGAAGAGAAUCUCAUAAAAUACAAGCUUUUAUUUCUAUUAAAAUUUUAGGUGAUAAAAAUAACGGCUCUGGGCUUUACCGGUGAAAACGCUUACCUCUCGGACACAUGGAAUCGCCUCGAUUUUUUCAUUGUAAUUGCCGGGUAAGUCAGUGUGUCCAAUAGAAUAUUUUUUUAGUAUUGCGGAGUACCUUCUACAAGAAUACUUGGGUAACAUUAAUCUAACUGCUAUUCGCACAAUCCGGGUGUUGAGGCCGCUUCGGGCAGUAAAUCGGAUUCCAUCCAUGAGAAUUCUCGGUGAGUCUACGGUACUUGAUCUCAACACAAAAAAUUUAAAAUUCUGUGAACUGUGUUUUAACUUUAAUCCCUCAAAUUUCAGUAAAUUUAUUGUUGGACACUCUGCCUAUGUUAGGCAAUGUCCUGCUGUUGUGCUUCUUCGUCUUCUUCAUCUUCGGAAUCAUCGGUGUUCAAUUGUGGGCGGGUCUUCUGCGCAAUCGGUGUGUGAUCAACUUGCCCCGCACCAACUUCUCGCAUGAUGUGACGGAAGUCGUAUUUCAAAAUGUCUCAUUAACAAAGUAAGAUUUCACUGGUUUUUACGUUUCAUGGAGACCUGUCAUUUUCAGACAGACAUGUGUAAUAUAAGUUUAUGCCGCGGAGAAUGUAGAAAUCUAGAUACAAUCGAAUUUGUAGCUAGACAGACUAAUGGAAAUGAUUUUGCAAAAGUUUGUAUAAAAAUUUAAUUAAAGAAAUUACAUAUUUUUUUGAAUAAUGGCAUUUCAGGUAUUACAUACCAGAAGAUACCUCACUGGACUACAUUUGUAGCCAAUCCGAUGCCGGUGGCCUUCAUACCUGCCAGAAUCUCCCACCCUAUACUGAGAACAAUGUUCGAUGUAAUCUCACCAUCGAAGAGUACGACAAAGUGGGAAAUGGAUCCUGUAUCAACUGGAACAUCUACUACAAUGAGUGUAAGGUGAUGAGGAAGAAUCCAUUCCAAGGCUCGGUCUCUUUCGACAAUAUUGGCUUCGCUUGGGUUGCCAUCUUCUUGGUGAUCAGUUUGGAGGGAUGGACGGAUAUCAUGUACUAUGUUCAAGAUGCUCACUCGUUCUGGAAUUGGAUCUAUUUUGUAUUGUUGAUUGUUAUUGGAGCGUUCUUCAUGAUCAACUUGUGUUUGGUCGUUAUCGCCACGCAAUUUGCGGAGACGAAGAGAAGAGAGACCGAGAGGAUGUUGCAGGAGAGGAAGAGGAUGAAAUCAGUCUCAUCACUGAGUAAGUGGCUACCGUAGUAUGAAACAGACCUUUCUGUCUUCUCCCUCCCAGAUUUGAUUCUCUAUAUUUUUGAUAAAAAAAUAUUUUUUUUUUUUGUAAUUGUCUCUGAAAUCUAUGUCAAUUUCAACCUCAUCCAUUUACACGUAACAACUCAUUAUAGCCAGUAGUGAGCAAGGAGGAGCCACAUCUUCCAAAGAAGGAGGCGGCGACAGUGUUUAUGCCGCUCUCGUUCGAUUCAUUUCCCAUUGGUUUCGACGAUUCAAGAGAUACACUUCAAGAAGAUGGGACGAGUAUCAAGAAAACAGAUCGAACAAGAAGAAGGGUGUCCAGGAAAUGGUCACGUUAAAGGAGACUACAUUUGAUCUUGAUCAAGGAGUGGAUCGGACUAUUGGAGGGUCGUUGAAAGAGAAGGGACCGAGGGAAAAUCAUGAAGAAAGUAAUCGAAGACACAGCUUGAGCCAUAAAAGUAAUGGGAGUAAGUAUCGAAAAACCUUUAGCUUGAUUUGUGAAUCUUUUUUCUUUAGGUGACUAAAGUAACACUAACAAUUUUGAAUUUAAUCUAAACAACUGCCAGAAUUUAGAUUGGUAUCAGAGAUUUAAAUUAUUUUUGCAGGAAUUAAGCACAAUCUGAGCAUUGUUGAGCGUUGGGAUGAGGUCCGCCGAACCGACGAACUCAACGCCGAACUCAUGGAUGGAGAUGAGACCGCAGCACCUCGAUCUCGGCGGUCCACACCCGGCCGACGCACUAAGAACACUCCCCAGAGCGCCUGCCAAAUCCGUUGGCAGUGGUUUCGACAGAAAGUUAAGGAAUUCGCGAAUGGAAAUCACUUUACUCGAGGCAUCUUGAUAGCCAUCUUGAUUAAUACGGUCUUGAUGGGAAUCGAGCACCAUCAACAGCCAGAAUUCUUGACUGUCAGUCUCGAGUACACGAACUACUUUUUCACGGGGCUUUUUGCCUUUGAAAUGUUGUUAAAAGUGAUUUCGGAUGGCCUGUUCGGGUACCUGGCCGAUGGAUUCAACAUGUUUGAUGGCUGUAUUGUCGUCCUCAGUGUGCUGGAACUCUUUCAAGAAGGAAAGGGAGGUCUGUCGGUGCUCCGAACAUUUCGAUUACUUCGGAUUCUCAAAUUGGUUCGAUUUAUGCCGGCUCUUCGGUAUCAGUUGGUGGUUAUGUUGAAGACCAUGGACAAUGUCACCGUUUUCUUCGGUCUCCUGGUUCUUUUCAUCUUCAUUUUUAGGUAAGGCCUUUCUCAACUCAUUCAGCAUAAGAAUAUCUAACAAUUCCAAAAUUAACAUACUAUUUAACAUCCAAAUUCUCUUUCUAUCUCAAUUUCUUCAGCAUUUUGGGAAUGAAUUUGUUCGGCUGCAAGUUUUGCAGCAAGGAUGAGCAUGUGGCUGGACAAGCCGUCAAGAGAUGUGAGCGCAAGAACUUCGACUCUCUUCUCUGGGCAUUGGUUACUGUAUUUCAGGUAGGGGUUUCCGCUAAAAUCAUGAUUUCGUGAUUUGAAGUGAAAAUAAUGACGAUUUCUUCUUUUCUGGUGUAAUUAUGUAAAACCUUCUCUCCUCAAGUAGACUUUAUUCUAUCAUAAUAAUUCUUAUUUUCUAUGUCCACUGCCUUACCAAUUUUCUGUUGCGCAAUGCUUGUUUUGUGUUACCCCUGUUCAAUGUCCUGUAAUGUACUGUUUUGUCGAAUGUAUAAUUUUUUUGGUUUUUGUGACGGGCUGUUUGCAGUAUUCUUGGCAUGGAAAUAUUUGGUUGUAAGUUUUGUAAUCAAGAAUUGAACGAUUGUGAUGAAGAAGUCGGAGCCAAUCAGAAGCGAAUGCACUUUGAUUCACUGUCCAGAGCUAUGCUUACCACCUUCCAGGUAGUUUUAUGUUGUUUGUGCUUUAUUUUUAUAGCAUUUUUGGCCGGAAAUUAUGUUUUAAGGAGGCUAAAUUCGGUUUAUGAUGAUUUUUUGAAGUGUGAUAUUAAGAAUAACAUUUUUAGUGGUUGGUUCACUGUUUUUUUUUUUCUUUUUGUAAGUUGUUGUGACGUGAAAGAAAUUUAAGACGCCAAUCGUUAGUCGAUAUCGGUCUUACAUUAGACACUUUUUAUUACCAAGUACAAUAUAAUUUUUGUUCAGAUCCUCACCCAAGAAGAUUGGAACAUGGUUCUCUUUAAUGGAAUGGCCCAGACAACACCGUGGGCCGCUCUCUACUUCGUCGCAUUGAUGACAUUCGGCAACUAUGUCCUCUUUAAUCUUCUAGUUGCCAUCUUGGUCGAAGGGUUUCAAGAGAGUAAAGAAGAGGAGAAAAGAAAGCUGGAAGAAGAGGCCAGAAAGCAUGCUGAAGACGAACAAAGUAAGCAGCAACAGGAAAUCAAGGAAUUGAUCUACACAACGACGUCUCAGCAGUAUUUGGAGGCAAGAAAGAGUAUCCAGCAGAAUUGCACUUGUGCGCAAGAGAAUUUACAUAGCCUGAGGCAUCGACUGGAGGUUCAUCAACGGACAAGGAGUAUUGUCUCGGCCGAUGUAAGCAUUCUGGGGAUAAAAAUUAAAAUUGCUAGAAAUUAGAAAAAUGAAGUGAAAUAUGAUCAGCAUGUGUCAUCAUGACGCCUUUUUUGCCUUUUUUGAUGAUGCCGAUUGGAAAAAGUCAUCUAUAUAAUGUAAAUUGUGUCGAUUUGCCUAUUUUUGAAGGAAUUUUUUAUUGAAAGUUCAAAUUCUCGGGAUAAACAUGACAGCUUUUAAUUUUUUUUGUCAAAUUUCCCACUUUCAGGAUCAUUUUCGCCGAGAAAGCCGCGAUACUCUCCGCCGACCUCGCUACUACCCCAAUGUCCGUGAGCCCUUUAUCUCCAAUCAUCUCGGCCAUCGUCCAUCCCGUCCUCAUAUCAAUAAUGAGAUCCCAAGUCGUCUAAUGCGCCAUACAUCUCUGGUCCUCCCUUCACAUGGAAGAUUGGUCGACGAGAUCCAUCCCGAACACUCUCAACGUCAACGAAUGAACAGCUGGAGUGGACUCCAUACUCUGCUCAAUCCAACAUGUCCAAUUCAUGGCCCUAGAGCGUUGAUUGAGGCCUAUGCCAUGAACAAGUACCUGAAGAUGAGUCAGGAGCUCAAUAAAGCGAUGGCAGAUCAGGAGAAGGCGGAGAGCGAAAAGAAAAAGAAAUGGUACAUGAGACUGUUGAGGAAGAGCUGUAUCUACACUCGCGCCGACUCUUCUUUGUUCAUCUUUUCUCCCAAAAAUAAGAUCCGAAUUUUUUGUUUGAAGUUGACACAAAAGAAGUGGUUCGAUUACACAAUUCUCGCGUUUAUUGGUGUAAAUUGUAUCACUCUGGCCAUGGAACGACCUUCCAUCCCCCCACAGAGCGUGGAGAGGACCUUUUUGAUCGUUACGGGUUACAUUUUCACUUUUAUUUUCACCGUGGAAAUGACAAUGAAAGUCAUCGCGAAUGGCUGUUUCGUGGGAAAAGGAUCGUAUUUCAAAGAUGGAUGGAACAUUUUGGAUGGAAUUCUGGUCAUAAUUAGUCUGAUCAACUUGCUAAUGGAGAUGUUUGUCAGCGGAGGUACGUUUUGUACGAUGAAAUGUGUUUUGAAAUUUUUUGAACUGAUCUCAAAACUAUUUUUUUAGAUUCUCCGAAAAUUUUUGGAGUUAUCCGAGUUCUCCGACUUCUCCGUGCCCUCAGGCCAUUGCGCGUGAUCAACCGAGCGCCGGGCGUCAAGUUGGUGGUGAUGACAUUGAUCAGCAGUCUAAAACCCAUCGGAAACAUCGUCCUGAUUUGUUGCACCUUCUUUAUUAUCUUUGGAAUUCUUGGAGUUCAACUUUUCAAAGUAAGUAUUAUGCUCUGUAAAUCAAAAAAUUAGUUGGUUGUAGAGGGGUUUCGUUGUACGGAGAAAUGCAUCUUUCAAAUAAGUUUCCUUAAUUUUAGGGAAUGAUGUAUCACUGUGCGGGCGAAGAUGUAAGUAAUGUCACCACCAGAGCUGAUUGCGAAGCGGACCCCCGAAACAAAUGGACAAACCACCGAUACAACUUUGACAACCUAGGCCAGGCCCUGAUGUCGUUGUUCGUCUUGUCGAGCAAGGAUGGAUGGGUCUCCAUUAUGUACCAGGGAAUCGACGCGGUCGGAGUGGACAUCCAGCCAAUCGAGAACUACAAUGAAUGGCGGAUGAUCUACUUCAUCUCCUUUCUGCUUUUAGUCGGCUUCUUUGUCCUCAACAUGUUCGUCGGGGUUGUGGUGGAGAAUUUCCACAAAUGCAAAGAGGCCCUCGAGGCAGAAAUGAGGGAAAAGGCGAGGAAAAAGAGGAUUGAACGACAAAUCAAGCGACAAGAAUACGAAAAGAACUGUCCACAAAAGAAGAAACCAAAGAAAAAGAAGAAGAAUCAACCUUAUUGGGCGACGUAUGGGCCCACCAGAGCGACGGUGCAUAGUAUCAUCACUUCAAAAUACUUCGAUCUGGCCAUUGCUGCAGUCAUCGGAAUUAAUGUCAUUUCAAUGGCCAUGGAGUUUUAUAUGAUGCCUCAGGGUUUGAAAUAUGUCCUCAGGGCGCUGAAUUACUUCUUCACGGCGGUGUUUACGAUGGAGGCCAGUAUAAAGUUGUAUGCGUUGGGAAUUAAACGAUUCUUUCGGGAAAGGUGAGCUAGUACAAUAUAACAUAAGUUGUGAUUUAAACUUUUUGUUGGACGCUCGGUAAUUUUUGCAGAGUACUUUUACUACUGUUUAACCCUUUAUUUACUACGUUCCCAAUAUGAAUGAUUUUCAGAUGGAAUCAACUGGAUAUGUUCAUUGUCAUCCUCUCGAUCGCUGGUAUCAUCUUCGAGGAGUUCGAAGCCCUAGAACUGCCAAUUAAUCCUACGAUCAUCCGAGUAAUGCGAGUUCUUAGAAUAGCCAGAGUCCUAAAGUUACUCAAGAUGGCCAAAGGAAUCAGAUCUUUAUUGGAUACGGUGGGAGAGGCGUUGCCUCAAGUUGGCAAUCUGGGAUCUCUCUUCUUUUUACUCUUCUUUAUCUUCGCUGCUCUGGGAGUCGAGUUGUUUGGCAAAUUGGGUAAGUAUGGUUACAGUAUAACUCUUUCUUCGAAUAAUCGAGGUUACAUGGCUAGUAAGUCAAGUACAAUCUAAUUUUUCUAGAAUGUUCGGAAGAGCAUCCCUGCGACGGUCUCGGAGAACACGCCCAUUUUAAGAACUUUGGCAUGGCUUUCCUGACGUUGUUCCGAAUUGCCACCGGCGAUAAUUGGAAUGGAAUUAUGAAGGUAUACAACUACUACAUCAAAUAUUGAUUUUCUUCUAAUCGAAUAUCUUUAAUCCCCUAAAUUUUAUUUCCAGGACGCUCUCCGGGAUGAUUGUGACAAAUCCGAUCAUUGCCAGCGAAAUUGUUGUGUGGACCCGAUCCUGGCCCCUUGUUUUUUCGUCAUCUUCGUUCUGAUCUCCCAAUUCGUGCUGGUCAAUGUGGUCGUGGCUGUAUUGAUGAAACAUCUGGAAGAAAGCAACAAACGAGAUCAGGAUGCGGAAGGUAGAAUGCACUUUCAUUUCAUUAUUUGUUGAUUUAGCUGGCAAAGAACCACCCAAAGAUCCGGACAAAUCGGACAGUGAGAAUGAUGACACAGAGGCCGAUAUUGAAAUGAAUUUGCCAAUUGAAGAGGUCGAAGCUGAUACAAUUGUAAAUUUUAUAUUGAAUAGUACUUGUUAAUAGACUAUUGGCUAUAGAUUUCAAAGUAAUAUCUUAUAUUUUUCAGACGAAUAUUGAGAGAAAUAUAAUCGAAGUUGAGGAUCAAUUGGCCGAAGAAAUAAUCGAAGACAAGGAGAGUAUUAGUAUCGCUAAUGGAAGUCCCCAUUCCAGCCGAACAUCUCUUCAAUUGUACUCUCUAGAAGGCCAGAAUUUGUUGCCCAGAAAUCGAUCGACGCGCUCCUCAAUGCAGGAGACAUCAAGUUGUUCGGCAUUGGUAGUCCCGGCAGAAAGAAAUGAGCCGAAUACGCAUUUGAAACGCUCUCCUAGCCCAUAG